AUGUUCACAAUCAAACUGGUAUUCGUAGCAAUCAUCGACAUUGCGGAAUUGCAGCUCUUCCUUGAAAAGAGAGGCCCAUUCACAACCGCCUGUGCUACGGCCAUUCAAGCACUGAAUGUUAUCCUCACUCACAAACCAUUCUCAGAGAUGAUUAAUGUCGGCCGUUCGGUGUACGUUCCUGAGGGAGCUCGUGAUUUGGGUGGUGGAAUCGAGAAAUGGGAUGGUGUAUUUCAGUCGAUCAGACCAGGGCAGGACGCUUGUUAUCUCAACAUCGACACAACUGCCACGGCAUUUAUCAAGGGCGGAAAUGCGGUUGAGGUAUUUGGUGACAUUGCUCGGAUUCAGGAUCUCAGGCGCGGUUUGAGCAGCUACGAUAUCACCAAAAUCGAGCGUGUCCUCAAAGGCUGCGAUUUUACCGUCAAGCACGAAAAGAGUCAGCGGAGAUUCAAGCUGGUCAAGCUUAGUGAGAAGGGUGCGGAUAGAACCUACUUCAAAAUGGUUUCGAACGAUGGCGUCUCCAGAGAGAUCAGUGUGGAAGAAUACUUCCGGCAGGCCCAUGGUUUCUCGUUGAGGUAUCCUGCUCUCCCUUGCUUCGGUGCUAAAGGAAGGGAAAAUAUCAGCUAUUUUCCAGCAGAACUUUGCUUCAUCAAUCCUGGUCAGCACUACAAGAAAAAACUCAACGAGGAGCAGGUGGCUGCCAUGAUCAAAACCACCGCUAUCAGACCUGAUGCUCGAGCACAGAAAAUCAACAGCUCUUUGCGUAUCCUGGAUUUUGACCGCAAUCCUUACUUGGAAGCAUUCGGACUUCGCAUCUCGACUCGUAUGGCGUCCGUACCCGCACGUAUUCUGCCCCCACCUAUGGUACAGUUCUCGAGCGGUAUUCAGGAAAGACCAAACUCUGGUGUCUGGAAUCUGCCACGGUCACGUCCAUUCAAGCAGGGCUCUCGAUUGGAAUCAUGGGGACUCCUCGUCUUUGCACGCGAAGACAGGGUUUAUAACAGCAUUGGCAAGUUUGUUCGGUUGCUGGUUGAGGUUCUGUCAAGUGUUGGUGUCGUUGUUACCGCGACCCGACCACCUGUCGUGUACGGGCAAGUCAACGGAGACAUCGUCCGAGAGGUCGACUCUGCGAAGAGACGCAUCGAAGCGGAGUGCCGACGCCCACCUCAGUUGCUGAUGGUCAUUCUCCCAGGCAAGGGCCAGAUUUAUCCCAUGCUCAAGGCACAUUGCGAGACACAAGGACGGGGGCUGAUGACCCAGUGUGCAUUGUUGCCCAAGAUCGAGAGAGCCAACGAUCAAUACUGCCGAUUGAUGGCAUGUAAAAUCCUCACCAAGCUCGGAGGUGUGGUUAGCACGUUGGCUGUGAACGAGAUGCCUUUCAUGGAGAGACGGAGCACGUUAAUCAUUGGUGCAGAUGUGAGCCAUCCAGGCCCAGGAGAAGACAGCGAGAAGCCCUCGAUUGCGUCGAUUGUUGCAUCGAUUGACGACGAAGGAUACAAGUUUAUCGGAAGAGUAUUCUCACAGGAUCCACGGUUGGAGGUUAUCGAGACUUUGCAGUCAACCAUUCGUGAGAUCAUCAUUGCAUACAAGAGGAAGACAAACCAUCAUCCCAAGCGCAUCUUGUUCUAUCGAGAUGGUGUAUCCGAGGGUCAAUUUGCCGAGAUUCUGAGAACCGAGGUUAUGGCUAUCAAGCUGGCUUGCAAGGGUCUGGAUGCAAAAUACAUGCCUCCCAUAACUUUCGUUGUUGUGAAGAAGCGUCAUCACGCAAGGUUCUUCCCACAAUCCAACCAAGACCGAGAUAGGUCCGGAAACUGCGUGUCAGGCACAGUCGUCGACACCGUCAUUACGCACCCUACAGAGUUCAACUUUUACCUUCAAAGUCAUGCCGGACUUCAAGGAACAUCCCGAUCGAUGCUGUACCAUGUUCUCCUGGAUGAGAACAAGUUCACAUCCGACUCGCUCCAGCGGUUGACGUUCAACCUCUGUCAUAUGUACAGCCGAUGCCCCAGGACAAUCUCAAUCGUCCCUGCCGUGCAAUAUGCCCAUAUGCUUGCCUACCGUGGCCGAUAUUACCUAGACUAUGCUCAAGAUCGGCGUCAUGAUGUGGAGUUUGGACCGAUCAGGAUUGCGGUAGGUCUUAUUACUACUGCACUCGCACGCACUGUUCUUUUAUUCCGGAAACUAAUAUCCACGUCCUUUUGUUUUGUGUUUAUAGGACGACAUCCUUGA